GUGCGAGCCAACAACUCAGAACUGAGCUUCCUGCUUCUCCUGUCGCUGAAGCUCUGCUUCCUGUGCUCUCUGGUUUUCAUUGGCCGUCCAUCAGUCUGGGCUUGUCGUUUCCAGCAGGCAGCUUUUGGGAUCAGCUUUGUACUUUGUGUUUCCUGCCUCCAAGUCAAGACCAUAGUUGUUCUGGCAGCGUUUCGCUCAGCUCGUCCUGGUGCUGAAGCUUUGAUUAGAUGGUUUGGUCCUGGCCAACAGAGAGGGAGUGUCUUCUUCCUUACUUGUAUACAGAUUAUCAUCUGUGCCAUUUGGUUGUCCCUCAGCCCCCCGGUGCCUCAACGUGAUCUGGGUUUUAAAGGGUCAAAGGUCACCCUGGAGUGUGCCAUGGCCUCUGUCGUGGGCUUCUCUUUGGUUCUGGGUUACAUUGGUUUGCUGGCCUGCACCUGUCUCCUCCUGGCUUUUCUUGCUCGGAAACUCCCUGACAACUUCAAUGAGGCUAAACUGAUCACCUUCAGCAUGCUGAUAUUCUGUGCCGUCUGGAUAGCUUUUGUCCCCGCUUACAUUAGCUCUCCUGGGAAAUACACUGUUGCUGUGGAGAUUUUUGCAAUCUUGGCCUCUAGCUAUGGUUUACUGCUCUGUAUCUUUGCCCCAAAAUGUUUCAUCAUUCUCUUGAGGCCUGAGAAAAACACUAAGAAACACCUGAUGGCCAAGUAG